GACCAUCCAUACCAUACACCGCCAGGAGGUCGCAACAGCUGACCGUCUGUUCUCUUCCUGGACUCGGUGCAGACAUCUCGCACAAUUUCCUAGAAUUACCCUCACGACGAUAAGGUUACGCUGGCCACUUCUUUUCGGCUUCUGUCUCAUCCUGGUUUCAGUGAACACUAGACACUGAACACUGCACAAUGGCGAUGAUAUCCACACAAUUGAGGAACUUCAGGGAACCUACGAAGGACCAGCUCACCCAGCUUUUCUUCUCCUUACCUCUGGAUGCCCAGGUCGGUGUAGGAGAGAAGGUAAAUGAGCAGGAGAGAAUGGACAUCAGUGCGGUCCUGACACUGGGUCAGGAUGCGGAGGAGGAUCCAUACCCAGGGAAGCUGUACUUGCUCCCGCCAUAUCUGACAUUCAGUUCACUUGAUCGCAAGUCCGUACGGUUCACGCUUCCGCUAUGUACAAUUCGCCGAGUUGAGAGGUUGAACGCUCGUGCGGGAAUUUAUGCGCUGAGUUUGUCGCUAUGGCAUGGCAUGAAGAUCGUCGUACAGCUGACAUCACUAAGGCCUACUGCCGAUCUCUUCUGUGCUUUGCUUCGGGAUGCACUCAAGGCAGAACUUCAGCGUGGUCAAAUGAAGGCUGUUAAAGGCUUUGUCAAGACAUGCUACUCUGAAGUCCUUGUUGCCAGUUCCGGGGACGACAGCAAGGAUAGUGCGGCUAGCAAAGCAGAUGGGGACGUUUCUGAUAGCUCCGAGUCCAUGUAUCUCGGGGGACUGGGACUCAAGUUCAAGUUCCCCGGUGACCCCAAGAAGCUAAGAGAGGCCUCGAAAAGUAAACUGUGGACUACAUACCUCAAAUGCCACGGACGAAAUCUUACUCUCCUUCGAUAUCCACAAUGUACUCGUUUGGUUCAGGUAGGACUACCCAAUCGGCUCCGUGGGGAGAUGUGGGAAACCCUCUCUGGCUCAAUAUACCUGCGAUUUGCCCACCCUGGAAUGUACGAACGUAUACUGAAAGAUAACGAAGGACGGACAAGUACAAGUACGGAAGAAAUUGAGAAGGACCUUCACCGGAGCUUGCCUGAAUACUCGGCGUAUCAGAGUGAAGAAGGUAUCGGUGCUCUCAGAAGGGUGCUCCAAGCCUAUUCCUUCAGGAACACCGAGACUGGUUAUUGUCAGGCGAUGAAUAUACUUGCGGCCGCAAUUCUGAUCUAUAUGUCUGAAGAGCAGGCAUUCUGGUUACUUGAAGUCAUUUGUGAUCGUUUGCUACCGGGCUAUUACAGUCCUUCAAUGCAUGGAACUCUACUCGAUCAGCGCGUAUUCGAGUCACUGGUACACCGCUGUCUUCCUGUCAUCUACGACCACUUCACGCAAGUCGACGUCCAACUAUCGGUCGCGUCCCUUCCUUGGUUCCUGAGUUUAUUUAUCAACAGCAUGCCUAUGGUGUUUGCUUUCCGGAUAAUAGAUUGUUUCUUCUGCAUGGGACCCAAGGUACUAUUCCAAGUAGCUUCAUCGUUGAUCACGACGUAUCCUCCCCUUACUCACAUUCAAACAGCUAUACUCAAAAUCAACGGAGAAAAGCUUCUCCAGAUUCAGGAUGACGGUGGAUUCAUUCAUCUGAUGAGAGAGUACUUCGCGUCCUUGGGUGAUUCAGCACAUCCGGAGUCUUCAGAUCCCCGUGCACGCGCAAUCACACGUUUCCAAGAACUUCUCCUAGUCUCUUUCCGAGAGUUCGCGGUUAUUACGGAUGACACCAUUCUCAACGAACGUCGCAAGUUCCGAAGCGAGAUCGUUACCAGUAUCGAGUCUUUCUCCAAACGGUCGGCGAUUCGGAACCUCAAGACUUUGGAGCGCUUCACUAAGGAGCAAGCAGGUCUCAUCUACGAUGCCUUGUUCAAGGCCAUCUGUGUCGAACCACCUCCAGUUGCCCCGUUACCGCCUGUCGCUUUGUUGACUACGAAAGAUACGGGAGAAGAGAGACCUGAGACUCGUAUUGGCUUGAAGACUUUCAGGGUGUUCCUAAGUGAGAUCGCAACUUGGGCAAGAACAGAGAAGAUCGUCUCGAAUGGAUUCCAACAAAGGGUCGAUCGCACGAUUGCUGAACACGAACUCAUCGACCGUCUCUUCUAUUUCUGGGACACCUCUUAUAGAGGCGCGUUAUCUCUUCAGGAUCUCGUGUCCGGCCUAAACGGCGUGAUGUUCAACGACCUCAUGGAGAACAUCGAGUGGUUCUUCAAUUUGCAUGACAAGAACAAGGAUGGCUACCUUACGAAAGACGAAGUAUUGACCUUGUCUGAGUCCCUACUGUUUAUCUUCCGGUUCGAGAUAGGUGAUGCUUAUCUCGGUGCUGUCAGCCGUUUCAUGUCCAACGCGUUUGAAUAUGGUGAUGCAUUGCUACCUCGACCCGACGGUAGCGACCUCGAUGAUGAGCCACCUCCGGUUGAAUCCAAUCAACCAUACAUGAACUUGGCUACCUUCCGUAUGGUUGUGCUAGCUGACGAGAUACUAGAGUCGUUCUUUGAGACCGACUUCUCAAGCACUUUCCGACUGGAACCAGUGCCCAUUAUGGAGAUUCCAAACUCAAAUACUGGUCUCUUGGGUGGUCUAUGGCAGAAUAUCGCGAGUGACGAUAAUCGUAAGAUAUUCCAGAAAGUCACAGACGAGAUCGGCAAGACCAUUGGCAAGCACCAGGUCUUCCACCGUCCAGCCAUUGGCAAGUUCACUCAUCUGGAGGAACCUAAGGCCCGAGAAUCACUUCUCACGGGUACAAUGCGUCGUUCUGCUUCCAAGUCAAGCUUGACCGCAACAGAGAGCUCCUCAGGCGUUGCCGCUCCAUCGGCGUUGCAAACUUCAUCCUCAUCCACCCUUACGGUGGAUCAACAGAGCCUCGCAUCAGAUAUCUCAUCGUCAGAGUUCUCACCUAUGCCCUCUAUCUUCCAAGCUGCUGCCAACGCUGCAGCGAUGAUGGAACGUACACCAUUUGCAAUUGACGAUGCGAAGGACGAUGACGAAGAAAGUGAUGAUGGCAGUGAGAUUGCGGAUGACGGUGUGAUGGACGAGGUCGAUGCAUUCCUUGAAGCUCACGAUUCUGGUCUGACUGAAGCAGAAAGAGAACUUGCGAAAGACCUCAUAAACGCGGAGCCGGUGAAAUAGUAGAGUAAUAUUCAUAUCGUCCACAGCCUCACAAUGAAAUUCCCUUGCAUCUACACAUGUUUUCGUCGUUUUUGGCAUUGUAUACUAUCUAUAAAGACGCACUCUGGAU